CGGGAGCCGCAGUCCGCGCCGGGCCGCCUCAGCAGCCCGGAGCCCGCGGGGGGGCCUCGGUUCCUUCCCGCCGGCCCCCGCGCCCCGGCCGUGCCGACAUGGGCUGGGGGUCGCGGCUGGUCGUGCUGGGCGGCCUGGCCGCCUGGGCGCAGCGGCGGCGGGCGGCGGCGGCGGGCCGGGAUGGCGGCGAGCGGCGGGAGCUGGAGCUGAGGCUGGUGCAGGUGGUGUUCCGGCACGGGGCGCGCACCCCGCUGCAGCCGCUGCCGGGGGCCGCGAUGCAGGUGGAAUGGCAUCCCACUCUUAUAGAUGUACCUGCUAAGACUAAGUUUGAUUACAAGGUGACUAACCUAAAUGGAGGACCUCAGCCUCACUCACCCCUUGAGGAGCAAUACAGAAAGACCACAUUCAAGGGUGGUGCCAUUGCAGGACAGCUGACAACACUGGGCAUGCAGCAGACAUAUGCCCUGGGGGAAAGGCUGAGGAGAAGAUAUGUGGAAGAAGCCAACUUUCUUUCACCAACAUUUAAGCCUGCUGAGGUCUUCAUCCGUUCCACUAAUAUUUUCCGGAACCUGGAGUCCACACGGUGCGUGCUGGCUGGGCUGUACCAACAGCAGAAAGAAGGAUCUGUCGUCAUUGUCACUGAUGAAGCCAGCUCUGAAAUACUCUACCCCAACAUGCACAACUGCCAGCGCCUGAAAUGCUUGACCAGGCAGAAGGGUAAGGAUGCUCUGCAUCAGCCAGGUAUCUCUGAUGACUUGAAAAAAAUUAAGAAGAUGAUGGGUAUUGAUGGUGAUGAGUCCGUGGAUUUUUUUGUCCUCCUCGAUAACAUUUUUGCUGAGCAGGUGCACAAUCUGCCAAGCUCCCCGGUGCUGAAGAAGUUCCAGCAGACAGUUGAGCGCCGAUCCGUUGACUCCAUGCUCUUCCUUCUGGAAGAAAGUUCAAGAGAAGUUAUUAAGAUGAGUGUUGGUCUCCUUCUCAGUGCCUUACAGAAGAACAUUAAAGCAGCAAUAAAUCCCUCGACUCCAUCUGAAAAAGCCAGAAAGCUCAUCCUCUACGCUUCUCAUGAUUCUGCUCUUAUACCUCUCCUGUUGGCACUGGGCACCUUUGACCGCAAGUGGCCACCUUAUGCUGCAGACGUGACCCUGGAGCUGUACCAGCACCGUCGGUCCAAAGAGUGGUUCGUUCGCGUGUCUUACCGUGGAGAGGAGAAAGUGGUGAAAGGAUGUAAAGCAGGUCUCUGCCCACUUGAAGAAUUUCUGAAAGCUCUUUCACAGUAUUCGGUCACUCCACAGGAGUACAAUAACCUGUGCUCCAAAACAUAGGGGAAUCAGCAAACUGACUGAUGAUUAAGCUUUUAAAAUUAAAAUUUUAAUUUUAAAUUAAAAUAAUUUUAUUGCCACAA